GAGCGCGGGGGCCGGGCCAGGUGGGCCCGGGCGGGGAGCGGAGGGCGCCGAGGCCGCGUGUGCCGGGGUGGACGGGCGCGCCCUCCCACGACGCCGGCCUGGCAGGGGCCGAGUGGGAAGGGGCCGGGGGGGGGGGGGGGGGGGGGGUUGCCGAGGCCAUCCGCGCUCGCCCCCUCCCUCCCUCCCUCGCGGCCUAGCUGGAGCCUGGGGAGAGUGCCGGGCCCGGCCUGACCGCUUCCCUGGGGGCGCCUGGGCCUGGGGACGGCUGGGGUGGCCCAGGCGGUCUGGUUUCCUGCGUGGAGCGUAGGGAGAGCGGGAGGCCCGCGUCCCCUCGCGCCCGGAGUCCCGAACUGGGGCGGGUGGGGACGCCAGGCCUGGGCGGUCGCUGACUCCUUGGGUGCAGUAAUCCCUUUCGGUCCUGCGGGGCACACCCGGAAAACUACGACUCGCCAACUUCCAGUCUGUGAGUCCCAUCGGGCCGACCCCCGCCCCCCUCCCGCGCCCCCGCCUCCAUAUGCCUAACGCUUCCACAUGCUUCCUGCGGUGAGCCUCCCGCACACGUCCGCACGGAGCCCGGGGUCACCUCCUGUGCAUUAGCCCCAGAGCCUUCCCUCCUACCCGUCACUUAGAAAACCCACCUCCUGCCCAGGUGGGAAGGACCCACGCUCUGAAAGCUCCUAGAGCCCUCAGGGCCCUGGAGGAUUCGUGGGCCUUGUGUCAGAGGUCAGAGGUCAGCGGUCAGCAGCGGAGGUGCAGAUCCCUGCUGAGUCAUGGGCUCGGGUGGGAUAGUGCCCCUCCCUCCCUUAGGGCAGGCCUGCCGCAGACGACGGAUUCCCCAGAGGGGGCUGGAGAGCGGCCUCUGCCCGGUCCACAGUUCAGGGGUGUGCAAAGUGAAAGGACUAAGGUCAUUGGAUCAUGGAUGUAUUAUGGCGUGAGGCCAUGCAGGGUCACCGGUGUGGUCACUCAGGAUGGGCACCCCCUUCCUGGUGGGCCCUGGCAGAUGAGCUGGCUCCUUGUUCAUCAUGGGAUUUCCACCACCACCACCACCGCCCCCCCCAUUGCAGGCAGCCUGGACAGGUUGUGUUGAAUCCCCUUCUGAGUAAAGUGCAGGGGGCGGGGUCCCUUCUGUGGUUCCCCACCUUGGGAAGUGCUCCCUCUCAAAUGUAGUGAGCAGGAGAGUGCCCCCAAGCCCUGCCUGGCCCAACACUGACCCCAUACAGCCAGGUCCACAGUGUCUGCCCAGCACCACCCUCUGUCAGAUACUGUGUGAAACAUGCCCCCCCCCCCCAGCCCCGGGGUCAGGCACAGUGGGAGGCCCCACUACAGACAGGCCUGCACCUUGUUCCUUAACGUGGUCCUGCUAUGAGGACAGCAUGGGGAUCCUGUAUGUAACCACACCAGAGGGUGGUGCCCCCAUGAGGGAGUGUUCGAAGAACUUUUCCUUAAUACAUCCAGGUAGCAUCUGCUGGAUGUGGACUGGAUGGCACAGAGAAGUACCCCCCCCCCUUCGGGUUAGCUUGUCCCCCACCCCAGAAGGUGGACAGGCCCCCCUACCUAACCUUCACAUCAUGCUCAGCCUGUCACCGAAGGUGGACGGGAAAGUUUGCUCAGGUCACCGCACACAACAGUCUUGGUCCCAAUGUUCCCUGGCUGCCCAGUGUCCCCAUCCAGUCAGCGUCACCCGCCGCUCCUGCUGAGCAGGGCACACUGGGGAGUCUCGCAGGACCCCAUCCAGGAACCCGUGAGCUGGGCGGGAUGUGAAAUCCAGCUCAGUCCCGGCCCCAAGUUGCAGCCUCGGUGGGGCGGGCAGUGCGUGGGGCUCUCCUUCCAGGGUAUCCAGGCGGUUCUGGCGAUUGUGGAUCCAAAAGCGGCCCCCACGUGGCCUUCCGGAGCUAGUGGUAGCUCCUCCCAGCCUAGGUCCCCAGGGGCCCUUGGGGAACAGGGGGACUGGAGCGGGCCACGCCUGGCUUGGGUGUCAGUGUGAGGUUGGGGCCAGUGGUGAGGACGGGGAGGCACAUUUGGAGCCCAGGAUGAGCCUGACGGCCACAGCAAAGGGCUCUGAUUUCAUCUGGAACACAGUGAGAAGCAGGGCAUGACCGGGGACUUGGGAAGACCACCGCUGCCCACAUCUGGGGGGGGGGGGGGCGCUCGGGAGAUUUUAUCUGGAAAUAAAUAGUGGCUGAAAACAGUGGAGGGGUGGGCCAGAGGGAAGCAAGUGGUCCCGGUGGGCAGGGGUCAGAGUUGGAAGGGCUGUGAAGUCCGUGAAUGGGCUGUGGGGCUCACGGUGACCCAUAGGAUGGGGUCCCCCAUAGGAAGUUCUUGAGCUUCACGCCGGGUCCUGGGACAAAAGUAGUGACAAGUUUGUGUGCUGAGCUCAUGUUGGGCCGGGUGUGGUAUCAGGUCGACCCUGAGCGCUGCAUUUUCCAGUGGAGAUAAUGAGCCAGAGAGGCAGCCGCUGGCCCCGACAUGGCCCGUCGCUCCCAGAGCUCCUCGCAGGGGGACAACCCACUGGCACCCGGGUACCUGCCGCCUCACUACAAAGAGUACUACCGCCUGGCGGUGGACGCCCUGGCUGAGGGCGGGCCAGAGGCCUACAGCCGCUUCCUGGCGUCCGAGGGGGCACCUGCCUUCCUGUGCCCUGAGGAGCUGGAGCAUGUGAGCCGUCACCUGCGGCCCCCACAGCAUGUUGCUCGAGAGCCCCCUGAAGGCAGUCCUCCCAAUGUGGACAUGGAUGGCUCCUCAGGCACCUACUGGCCCCUGAACUCAGACCAGGCAGUGCCCGAACUCGACCUAGGCUGGCCCCUGACCUUCGGCUUCCAGGGCACUGAGGUUACCACCCUGGUGCAGCCGCCACCGCCCGACAGCCCCAGCAUCAAGGAUGAGGCUCGAAGGAUGAUCCGCUCAGCCCAGCAGGUGGUGGCCGUGGUGAUGGACAUGUUCACCGACGUGGACCUGCUUGGGGAAGUGCUGGAGGCAGCGGCACGCCGCGUCCCGGUCUACAUCCUCCUGGAUGAGAUGAACGCGCAGCACUUCCUAGACAUGGCCGACAAGUGCCGUGUCAACCUGCACCACGUGGAUUUCUUGCGUGUGCGCACUGUGGCGGGCCCCACCUACUACUGCCGCACUGGGAAGUCCUUCAAGGGCCACGUGAAGGAGAAGUUCCUGCUGGUGGACUGCGCCGUGGUCAUGAGUGGGAGCUACAGCUUUAUGUGGUCCUUCGAGAAGAUCCACCGAAGCCUGGCGCACGUGUUCCAAGGCGAGCUGGUCUCCAGCUUCGAUGAGGAGUUCCGCAUCCUUUUCGCGCAGUCCGAGCCGCUGGUGCCCUCGGCCGGGGCGCUGGCCCGCAUGGACGCUUACGCCCUGGCUCCGUACGCGGGGGCCGGGCCCCUUAUGGGCGGCCAGGUGACCGGGGCGCCGACCCCUUUCUCCUUCUCUAAGCGAGCGCACCUCCUGUUCCCACCGCCCCGGGAAGAGGGCCUGGGCUUCCCCUCCUUCCUCGACCCCGACCGCCACUUCUUGUCGGCCUUCCGCCGGGAGGAGCCCACGCGGAUGCCCGCGGGAGCCCUGGAGCCGCACGCGGGGCUGCGGCCGCUGUCGCGGCGGCUGGACGCCGAGGCGGGACCGGGCGGGGAGCUCGCGGGCCCGCGGGGCUUCUUCCAGGCCCGGCAUCUGGAGAUGGACGCCUUCAAGCGGCACAGCUACGCGGCCGCCGACGGCGCGGGCGCGGUGGAGAACUUCGCGGCCGCGCGGCAGGUGUCGCGGCAGACGUUCCUCAGCCACGGUGACGACUUCCGCUUCCAGACCAGUCACUUCCACCGCGACCAGCUCUACCAGCAGCAUUACCAGUGGGACCCGCAGCUGGCGCCGGCGCGCCCUCAGGGCCUGUUCGAGAAGCUGCGCGCCGGCCGCCCCGGCUUCGGCGACCACGACGACCUCGCGCUGGGGGGCGGGCCACGCUUCCCCGAGCUCGGCCCGGACGGACACCAGCGGCUGGACUACGUGCCGUCCAGCGCGUCGCGCGAGGUGCGCCACGGCUCGGACCCGGCCUUGGGCCCCGGGCCCCGCGGCCUGGAACCCGGCGGGGCCCCGCGCCCCAACCUUGGCCAGCGCUUCCCGUGCCAGGCGGUGGCGAGGCUGGGCCCCGAGGCCGCGCCCGACGCGGAGCCCGAGCGCAGGGGCGGCCCUGAGGGGCGGGCCGGGCUGCGGCACUGGCGCUUGGCCUCCUACCUGAGCGGCUGCCAUGGCGAGGACGCGGCCGACGAGGGCCUGCCGGUACCCAUGGAGGCCGAGGCCUACGAAGACGAUGUUCUGGUGCCCGGGGGACGAGUGGCCCCCGGGGACCUGCUCCCCUCGGCCUCCCGCGGGCCCGCACUCUUCCCGGCCAAGGGCGGUGGCGACGGCCCGGAGCGCGACGGCCCGGAGGAGGCGGGCCUGGCCAAGCAGGACUCCUUCCGCUCGCGCCUGAACCCGCUGGUGCAGCGCAGCUCGCGCCUGCGCUCCUCGCUGAUCUUCAGCGCUUCGCAGGCCGAGGGCGCGGGUGGGGCCACGACGGCCACCGCCGAGAAGGUGCAGCUGCUGCACAAGGAGCAGACGGUCAGCGAGACGCUGGGCCCCGGCGGCGAGGCCGUGCGCUCCGCCACCUCCGCCAAGGUGGCCGAGCUCCUGGAGAAAUACAAGGGCCCGGCGCGUGAUGCCGGAGGGGCGGGGGCUCCGGUCACGGUCGCCAGCCACAGCAAGGCUGUCGUGUCCCAGGCGUGGCGGGAGGAGGUGGUGGCGCCGGGUGGCGCAGGAAGCGAGCGCCGCAGCCUCGAGAGCUGCCUGCUGGACCUGCGCGACUCCUUCGCACAGCGGCUGCAUCAGGAGGCCGAGAGGCAGCCCGGAGCGGCCACGCUCACUGCCACCCAGCUGCUAGACACGCUGGGCCGGAGCGGCACCGACCGGCUGCCCUCCCGCUACCUUUCUGCCCAGGGCCGUUCCUCCUCCCCACAAGGGCGGGACAGCCCCCCGCUGGAGGGAGGCGCCCGCCAGGCGCCCCACGCUGAGCCAAAAGGGAGCCCCACCUCUGCCUACCCUGAGCCGAAAGGGAGCCCCACAUCGGCCUAUCCCGAGCGCAGGGGCAGCCCCGUGCCUCCUGUGCCAGAGCGCAGGGGCAGCCCCGUGCCCCCCUUGCCGGAGCGCAGGGGCAGCCCCGUGCCCCCCGUGCCCCUCGUGCCGGAGCGCAGAGGCAGCCUCACCCUUACCUUCUCCGGGGAGUCUCCCAAGACGGGGACCGCGGAGGAGCCGGCCGGCGGCCCCAUGGAAGUUCUGCGCAAGGGCUCCCUGCGCCUCCGCCAGCUGCUGAGCCCCAAGGGUGAGCGGCGCACGGAGGAUGAGGGCGGCUUCCCAGCGCCACAGGAGAACGGGCAGCCAGAGAGCCCCCGGCGGCCGUCGCUGGGCAGGGGUGAUAGCGCUGAGGCUGCCGCCGGUGACGAGCGGAGCCCGCGGGCGCGCAUGACCUCCGCCACGGCCAAUGCCUUGUACAGCAGCAACCUGCGGGACGACACGAAAGCCAUUCUGGAGCAGAUCAGCGCCCACGGCCAGAAGCACCGCGGGGCCCCGGCCCCGGGCCUGGCUCACAGCAGUCCCGAACUAGGCCGCCCACCAGCUGCCGGCGGCCUGGCCCCGGACAUGUCCGACAAGGACAAAUGUUCUGCCAUCUUCCGCUCGGACAGCCCGGGGACACAGGGCAGGCUGAGCCGCACGAUGCCCGCCAGCGCGGAGGAGCGCGACCGGCUGCUGCGUCGCAUGGAGAGCAUGCGCAAAGAGAAACGCGUCUACAGCCGAUUCGAGGUCUUCUGCAAAAAGGAAGAGGCCGGGGGCACGGGGGCAGGGGAGGCCCCUGCAGAGGAGGACACCAGGGACAGCAAGGUGGGCAAGUUCAUGCCCAAGAUCCUGGGCACCUUCAAAAGCAAGAAGUGAGUCUCCUGGCCCAGCAGCAGCCCAGGUCCAGGUGCCUGCCGUCACUGCCACCCACCAGGCAGAGCACCUGCUCUCACGGGGGGGGGGGGGGGGGGGGGGGCCGGGCCGCCCGCGGAGCACAGCCUGAGCCUGGCUCCGCCCCGAGCUCACCCAGCGGCGGGCCUGCCUUUUGCCUCUGGCCUCUCCCCUCUGGGGCUCCAGCCCCUCACUGCCCUGCGCCUCCGGCUCCAUGCCCGCCCCUGUGCCCUGAGCCUCCCCCUUCAGAUUCCUCUGCCUCCACCCCCUGGUUGAGCUUCAGGUCCCCUAUAGACCUUCGUUCGCCUCAGGGCUUCAUCUCUUUGUGCCUUAGGCCCCCACCUUUUGGGGGGCCCACCUCUUUCUGCCUCGGCCCCCAUCUUCUUGGGGGGCCAUCUAUGCACCUCAGCCCCCCAUUCUUUGGGGGCCUCACGUCUCAGGGCUUCCGUGUCUCAGGGUUCCCCUCUGCUCACUGCCUCCCGGCUCUGCUGCUGCUGCUUGGCGGUCCUUCUUUCCCGGCAGCCCCAGCCCCUCUCCCUCAGCCUCCCCCCUCCCCAGAGCCCGGUGUGUGUCCCCCCCCCCCCCCCCCCCACCAAGACAGGUGGCUCAGGUCUCACUUCCUGCCCUGCUUGCUCUCCUCACUGCCUCCCUCUCUGCCUCCUGGUACCUUUCGUAGCCGCCCAUCCUCUCCCUGUGGGGACAGAGCUGCUUGUGGGUGACGCGUGAUGGGGGUGGAGCCAGACCCAAAGGCGGUCCCUCAGGAGGCACUGUCCUGUCUGCUGGGCCACUGGCAGAUGGGGGCGCAAAGGACCUGAGAGAUUGCCCUGCCAAGAGAACUGAGGCAGGCCUGGCCACAUCCUGGCCGUGCUCCAGCCAGCACCUGGUGAGGGGUAAGAGCUCCGAGUUUUGCAGCACAAAACCCUUCAGGUGGAUGAGGCUGGCCCGAGAAGGGCUGGAUGUGGAGUGCCGGGCCAGUACUCACGGGUGAGGGUUCUGGUUCAGGUCCCAGCCGACCCCAAGUCCGCCCCGUUCUGGCUCCUUUCUGCUUUGUCACCAACCCACGAGAUCGGAGUUUCCCUGCCGACCUUUCUUGUGUCUCUUUCACCUGUGGAGAGUGACUUUCGUUUGGAAUGACACAUUUUGGCACCAAAUGCUGAGGAAGACCCCUGCUGUAAGUUUUAACAUUGUGCAGUUAGUGUUUGUGCAACAGUUUUGGGGGUUUAAGUAUAAAAAAUGGCAGUCACUCGGACCGGGGAAGGACUGGACACACGAGGUCACUGAGCAAAGGCAGUACUGUGACUCCACGUGGCAGGAGAGGGAGGCUGGGGGGACAGUUGCUCCUCAGCAGCUCAGUCUGGUUACCAAAGCCACUAGCCAGGUGAGGUGACAGCAGGGACUUUGGGCCAGGCGGAAAAGGUCCCCCAGGAACCAGAUGCGCUGCAGUGCCCUUGGCCUGGCCGCGCCUGCUGAUAAAUCCGCUUGCGCCCUCCUGGUGCCGGCCUGUUGCCAAGGGGCGCCCUGGCAGCCUCCUGUGUGCGUCCUCUGCCUCGUGCCGAAUAACAUCUCAAAUGUGACCCUGCACAUUUCGGUGUUAACAAUAAAACACAAGAUUUUCCAACAC